AUUUUACCAUCCAUUGCCUUUCCUUGGAGCUAAGCCACUGCAUCUCUGCAGUUUCUCUGGCUGGGACCGUAUCCUCACGACCAUCCAUCCACAUUAUGAUAUAACUAGAGUAUGUUGAUUGUUGAUUCAUCUUUAUCAGAGGAAGAUGGUCUGGUGGUUAUUGUUGGGCAGAGCUGGAGUUUCUGGUUUCCUAUAUGUACAUCAGAGAGGAUUCAUUUACCAGCAGAAAUUUAGUCUUGUGAAUGUGAAGUUGAAAUGGGUGAAAGAUAGAGCAUUGGAUGCUGUUGUGGCUGGUGAGAGAAAUCUCAGAGCAACCUGCACACUUGUUUCCAUCAUCUCAUCUGAUCCCCAUGAUGGCUUUCCCAUAUACCGCCUCUCUCGCCAUCGAGGGCAACUUGGCCUCCCUCAUGAUAUUAAGCUUGCCACCUUUAUCAGGAGAUUCCCGAAUAUUUUUGAUGAAUUUCAUGUUCUUGACAGUGGAGGCACUCGUGUUCCAUGGUUCCGCUUGACUCCAGAAGCCCUGAAUCUCCACCAUGAAGCACUCAAUGCUCUCCAGCAGAAUGAGAUGGAUCUCCUCAAUAGGCUUAGGAAACUCCUCAUGCUCACCUGUGAAAGGAUGCUUCCUUUACAAACCAUUGACCAGCUGAAAUGGGACUUUGGUUUGCCGUAUGAUUACUGUCAUUCUCUGGUACCAAGUUAUCCAGAGUUAUUCUCUAUGGUCCACCUUCCUGAUGAUCGGGUUGGCUUGAAACUUAUAUCCUGGGAUGAUCGCCUUGCUGUAUCCCAAUUGCAAAAGAAUGCUGCUUUUAAUCAAAAGGAAGAAGAUGUGAGAAAUGGAUGCUUAACCUUUCCAAUUAGAUUCACGAGGGGUUUUGGAUUGAAGAGGAAAUGCAUGAAGUGGUUAGAAGAGUGGCAGAUGCUCCCAUAUACUUCUCCUUACACCGAUGCCUCCCAUUUGGAUCCUCGUACUGAUGUAUCUGAAAAGAGAAUCGUUGGAGUCUUUCAUGAACUUCUUCACCUCACCUUACAAAAGAGAACCGAGCGCAAGAAUGUGAGUAACCUCCGUAAACCACUUUCAUGCCCCCAGAAGUUCACUAAGGUGUUUGAGCGCCAUCCUGGUAUUUUCUAUAUUUCUAAAAAGUCUGACUCCCAGACCGUUGUUCUUAGGGAAGCCUAUGACCAACAGCAACUUCUGCAGAAACACCCCAUCGUAGAAAUCAGGGAAAGAUUUGCAAACAUGAUGGAGAAAGGACUUCUUGAUAGGAGCAGGGGGUUGUAUAAAAGAAGUGGAAUUAAUGGUUUAGAAGUGGAUCCAUCAAAAGAUGUUUAUUAUGAUGAGUUGAACGAUAACGAGCGUAAAUCUGAAAGUGAGUCAGAUCGUAAUCUGCUCUCUGAAUAUGAUUCAGAUGAAACCAUGCAUGGCCCUUGCUGAAUUCAGCUAACAUCAUCAGCCCUGAAUAUGUGAGGUUUUCCCAUUGGGGACUUCUAGUCAUCAGAAUUAGUGGCCAAACCUUAUCCAGUUUUUAAUAUUGAGAAAUAUUGCAAUGUGUCAGCAAGUAUCAAUUCUAAUGCAGUGCCUCGCUAAAGACUCUGAAUAUGUGCUGAUUGGUUUUCUAUCCUUUGGAAUUAACUCAAUCAAGUUAAAUGGCUGAUAUUCUUUAUAUCAAGUUGGAAGUCAUCAUACUUACCAUUUGAUUCCUUCUUCGAUUGAUACAUGCUGAGGAAUGCAACAGAUUUGAUUGUGUUGGCUAUUGUCUGCUAAAAGAGGUUAGCUGCUGCAAAGAUGUGGAAGAAGAGUAAGAGAUACAGUUUCACUUUUAUGUGACAUUUUUCGCCAAAGAAAUCUAUCUGUAGAGGAAUGGGAAAGAAAUGAACCUCAUUCUAUGAAGGAUAUCCCUGUAACCCAAAUGGGCUAACGACUUUGGAUGAGAGAAAUUCACUGAGAUGCUUUUGGGUCCCGCAGGCAUGUGGAAGUGCUUCAACAGAGGGACACAGCCAGGUAUGUCUGGACAUUCUGAUGAAGAUAAAUUGAUGGAUUGGCUCUUAAUUUGUCUAGAGAAAAAACAUGCUGAUUGGAAGUCCGAGAGGGCUUCUGUUGUUUUUUAGGUCCUUGGGCAAUUACCUUGAGUUCUAUAUUUGAGAGGGCUUGACUUUUGAAAUUUUUAUAUUAAAAGAAGGAAUAUUUUCAAGUUCCUGUAACGAGUUAUCCAUGCUGCUGCAAUAGUAAACAUUUGAAAGUUAUCAAUGAGACUUUACAGCUCUAAGUUUUGCUUUGAAGGCAUGAUUAACCAGAUCUUCGCUUGUUUCUUACCUUUUUUUUUUUUUCUUGUUCAUCUCCUCUUGUUUUCCCUCUUAUUCUUUCUUAGUUAUCUGUGAAAAUACAGUGUGAUGUUUUAAACAAAACAGCUGGCUUCUAUAAUCAAAACAGCCCUUAAUUUGAUUUUGUCUGGUACGAGGAAUGUUAUGAUUCCCAUUCUUAAGCAGGGGUUGAAGCUGCUGUUUGCCUCCAACCUAGUAAAUCUUUUGCAAGUAUUGAAGCCUUCACCUCUCUCUCUCUCUUUCGCCCUGUGUGUGUGGGGAGGGGGAAGCCCCACCAACAGUAGUAUUAUGGUGGAUCAUCUAGUUAAUAGGUUUGAGUUUUGAGAAGCCACUCUCUACCAACGCUCUUGAGAGACUUGUGAGGCAGCAGCUGGAAAUCAAGUUUUGGAUGUUGUGGAGGUGGAUGUGAUGGGGAUUUACCCCAAAUGUAUAUGAAUGUAGGAAGUUGGGAAGGAGAGAUGUAUUGUAAAGCCACAAUAGUUUAUUUACUCAUUCUCCUAUUCUGUAUUUUUCUAAUUAUCAAUUGUAAUUUGAUAAAAUCAAAAUUUGAUUUCCAAUUGUAAUUUAAUUUUUCUUUUAUAAAAUGAGCACACAUAUUUCAAUUUC